UGCCCUUCAGUUUCCUCCCUUCUCUGAGAAGCGCACCUGGUGCCCACGAACGUGAGCACUGGGCAUUUGGCCAGUCACAGAGUGGCCACCUGGUUCUCCACACACCUUCUGGCACCCCCACUGUGCUGCGUUGUCACGGAGGGCCUCCUGGCUUCCUUCAGCCCACCUGAGGCCCACAGGGACCAAGCAUCCUUGCAAAGCCUUGCAGCCCACCUGGGCAGACUGAAGAAGGACCUAGAAGCCUGAACAGGCUGGGGCUGGAAGAAUCAUUCCAGGCGCCGGGGCCCCUGUGAAAGGAGGCUUUGGGGUGGUUUCUGCUUUGCUUGCAUUGAGCUUCAAACUCUUCCUGUCCCGUGAGAAGGGGGGAUGGGAUUUGGAGGCCUGAGGAAGGAAGGAGGGGAGCUUCCUGCGCACAGGCGGCGGCAGGGGUUUGCAGAAGUGGAGGCUGGGGGCUGGGGACCGCCUGGCUGAGUGCUCGCCGCCCUGCACAGCGGGCUGGCGGGCAGGAUGCAUCGGGAAGCGCCUGUGGGUCCCCUGCGCUGACUGCAGAGCUGGGUGGAGGCAGCGGAAGCAAAACUGCUGUGUCACUGCACGCGGCAGCUGUUGCCAGGGUGACCGGCUCAGCUCACCCAUGAACCCCGUCAGCAGCAGCGAGGACAUCAAGCCUCCCCUGGGCCUCAAUGGCGUCCUCAAGGUCCCCGCCCACCCCUCAGGAAACAUGGCAUCCUUCACCAAGCACAUCUGCGCCAUCUGUGGGGACCGCUCCUCAGGCAAGCACUACGGCGUGUACAGCUGUGAGGGCUGCAAGGGCUUCUUCAAGCGGACGGUGCGCAAGGACCUGACCUACACCUGCCGUGACAACAAGGACUGCCUGAUUGACAAGCGGCAGCGGAACCGGUGCCAGUACUGCCGCUACCAGAAGUGCCUGGCCAUGGGCAUGAAGCGGGAAGCCGUGCAGGAGGAGCGGCAGCGUGGCAAGGACCGGAACGAGAACGAGGUGGAGUCAACCAGCAGCGCCAACGAGGACAUGCCCGUGGAGAGGAUCCUGGAGGCCGAGCUGGCUGUGGAGCCCAAGACCGAGACCUACGUGGAGGCCAACGUGGGGCUGAACCCCAGCUCGCCGAACGACCCUGUCACCAACAUCUGCCAAGCAGCCGACAAGCAGCUGUUCACCCUGGUGGAGUGGGCCAAGCGCAUCCCGCACUUCUCAGAGCUGCCCCUGGACGACCAGGUCAUCCUGCUGCGGGCAGGCUGGAACGAGCUGCUCAUCGCCUCCUUCUCCCACCGCUCCAUCGCCGUGAAGGACGGGAUCCUCCUGGCCACCGGGCUGCACGUCCACCGGAACAGUGCCCACAGCGCAGGGGUGGGCGCCAUCUUUGACAGGGUGCUGACGGAGCUUGUGUCCAAGAUGCGGGACAUGCAGAUGGACAAGACGGAGCUGGGCUGCCUGCGCGCCAUCGUCCUCUUCAACCCCGACUCCAAGGGGCUCUCGAACCCAGCCGAGGUGGAGGCGCUGAGGGAGAAGGUCUACGCGUCCCUGGAGGCCUACUGCAAACAGAAGUACCCAGAGCAGCCGGGAAGGUUUGCCAAGCUCUUGCUCCGCCUGCCGGCUCUGCGCUCCAUUGGGCUCAAGUGCCUGGAACAUCUCUUCUUCUUCAAGCUAAUUGGAGACACGCCCAUCGACACCUUCCUCAUGGAGAUGCUGGAAGCCCCGCACCAAAUGACUUAGGCCUGCGGGCCCAUCCUUCGCGCCCGCCCGGUCCGGCCACCCCGCCUGGACGCAGCUGCUCUUCUCAGCCCGAGCCCUGCCCCUGCCCUUCUCUGCCUGGCCUGUUUGGACUUUGGGGCGCAGCCUGUCACUGCUCUGCCUAAGAGAUGUGUUGUCACCUCCUUCUUUCUGUUACUACUUGUCUGUGGCCCAGGGCAGUGGCUUUCCUGAGGCGGCAGCCUGAGUGGCAAGAACUAGAGUAAGCCCGGCCAGGCGCCUCCCCACCGGGCUCUCAGGACAUCCUGCCACACCCCAUGGGGCUUGGGUGGCUCAUAGGGGUCUCCCGGCUCCGGGCCCUGGAGCUGCAGGAGUUGGGAAUGGGGCCUCGGUUUCCAUUGCUGUUGAUCGUUGCUGGUUUUCAGAAUUCCCGUGUGGCCCUCCUGUCUGGAGUGACGUCUUCGCCUGCUCUGACUACCGGUGCCCCGCCUGCCCAUGACAGCUCCCCCUAACCAGGAGGAGGGGACAGCUGGGGGCACAGGCUGGCGUGUCAUCAGCCAAGACCUCAGCUGCCUCGGGGACGAGAGGGGCCAGCAGGCUGCCCUGUGCUGUGAGUGAAGGGAAAGCAGCGUCUUUUUCCAAAGAUAACUCGCGGUGUUGCCCUCGAGCCAACGAGAAUAUGAGCCGACCUCCGUGCAGGGUUUCGGGGCCACCUCCAGGCUGCAGGGACGGGUGUCACUCACCCCCCCGGUCUUCUCUCUGCCUUGGUGUCCUGGCUUCAGACUCCCCCUUCCUGUUGAGACCGGAGUGCCUCGGUCCGUCCCCAGCCUGAGUCUUCUCUUCGCCCUGCCAGGUGGGCUGAGGCCUGUCCUUGGUUCCUGCGGAGCUGGCCCUGGCUGGGCAGGGUGGGGCAUCACCACGUCCCUGGCCUUGCUGGAAGCACAGGGCCCUGCUGACCUGCAGCCGUCUGUGAGGCCCUCGUGGACGGGAGGGGAGGGGGCAGGUGGCCUGGAGAGAGGGGUUCAGGAACUGGGGCCUCGUGGCCUAGAGCGGCUCUGCAGGGGCAUUGGUGGGACCCUCACUCAGGCCUUCUCUCCGCUACCAGUGUGUCUAAGACUUGGAACCUGAGAACCCUGAGUCGUAGUGCCCUUGGUCCCGGGCCACACGCAGGCCCUGGUGGGACCACCCAGCCCGGUGGUGUCCAGAGACAGCGUGCUCACCCAGAGCCUUACUUGGGAGCCUCACUGAACGCCCGCUCCGGUUGAAGGUGGGGGGCUGAGGGCCUCCCCGGCUCAGCCCCGUGCGGCCCGGCGCUCCACCCCCAGGUUCUCCCCCGUCCAGUGGUGCAGGGCUCUCUCAGGUUGAACUCGCCUCUUUUGCACUGGAAGGCCCUUCCUUUGGCCUGAGUCCUUUUCCUGUUCACGCCUCAGUCCCAUGGACCCAGCCUUUGUCAGUAGCAGGUGCCUGAACAGCAGAUGGGUGGGGGGAUGCAGGAGGGGGCCUUGUCUUCCCAGCAGCAGUCUAGGAAUGGAUCGGGGGAGUAGGCGUCUUCUCCAAAGGCUUUCCCCACCUGGAGCAGGGGAGUGUGGGCUGCCCCAGCAGGGGCUCCUCGGUGGGGAGGGGAGCUGCCUGGGGGGUUGGGCCGGGAGGCAGCGGCUCAGAGGGGCAGCGUUCCAGCCUUGGUUGGGAGGAGUGUCCAUUCUUUGCCUUCCUGGAGCUUCCAGCCAGAGCUGAGCUGAGGGACUGGGUGGAGCCUGCAGCUGAGUCUGCCCGAGACAGAGACUGUUCAGAGGUUCCAGAAGCCUCUCAUUCCCGCCCCCCUCCACCCCCGCCUUUUAGUGGCGUGGAUCCCCAGAGGUGCCCUCUGUCCAGCCACCAUCCUGAGGCGGAGUGGCGAGCCUCACACCUGUAACAGGCCCCUGGCCAGCUGGGUCCCUCCCAGGCACUGCCGGGUGCUCUGGGGCCCAAUGGUGGGAGCGUGAGAGACCCCACACCAACACCCGGUGCCUUCUGCAGCCAGUGCCCAUCCGUGUGCACCCCGACACUUGGGAAUGCCCGCGGCUCCAGAGGAAGAAGCCCAGGGCCGGGGCCUCGUUUUCGGGGGCUCGGCUGCUUCUUGGCAGUCCUGCCGUUUCCAGCUCUGGCUGGCUGGCUGUAAAGCACUGAGGCCCGCCCCGGGCUGCCAACCCCUGAAAGCAGAACCCUGGCCUCCCUGGCCCCUGCAGCCUUCUCCACCAGCCCUCGUGGCCUGGGUUCUUCCUGCAGCCUUCCCCCCAGCCCACAUGGCCUGGGUUCUUCCUGCAGCCUUCCUGCCCCUUCUCAUCAGCCUUGUGGUUGUACAACCAGUGCUGUUGGUUUGGAAAGGUGACGCGUGAGGAGUGUGGCUCGUUACUCAGUGGAGAGGUAGAGUUUCUAUUUAUCCAGACCUGCAGUAGCAUUACCAAUCUGGUUCAAUUAAGGUGAUUUUUUGGUAAUUAUUAUUUUGGUGGGACAAUCUUUAAUUUUCUAAAGAUAGCACUAACAUCAGCUCAUUAGCCACCUGUGCCUGUCCCCGGCUCGGCCCGGCUGGAUGAAGUGGCUUCCCCACAGGCCCCCCCUUCGCAGUGGCUGCUUCCUGGGCCACAAGGGCACCCCGGCGCCUUCAGGCGAGCUCCUCAGCUGGUCACCUCCUUGCUUUGCCUUCCGAUGGGGCUCCUGAGGCUGAGGAGUGAAGAUGCCGCAGAGCCGGGCCACCCUAGGCUUCGUCGGGUGUGUUCUGGAAGCUGGCCUGCUGGGACCCUCCACCCUGGGGCCUGUGUCAGCCACCGGUCCUCUGCACCCUGGAAGCACACGGGCUCUGGGAAAGACAGCCCUGACCUUCGGUGUUCCAAGUCACUGUGUUCCCCAAGAAUUCUGGGCUGGCGGCCUGAUGGCCGUGCUGGAGAAGACCCUGAGCCUUUCCCCGUGGGGCACCCAGGAGGGCCUGGCCAGUAUGUGCAGCCUGUGGGUGGCCGGCUGACGUCCCUGCCGUGCUCAGGGUGUGUCACCUGGUGCCCAUCCAUACAGGUGUGUGGUGUAACAUGUAUGUGCUGUACAGACGUGUGGAGAGAGCCGCGCACCAGGGCCACGGAGAGGCGGAGCAGUUACCAAUGUUUCGUGUUUAUUUUUAAUCAAGACGUUUCCCGUUUUCCUAUAAAUUUGCUUAGUGUAAGCAAGUACAUAAGGACCCUCCUUUGGUGAAAUCCGGGUUCGAAUGAAUAUCUCAAGGCAGGAGAUGCAUCUAUUUUAAGAUGCUUUGGAGCAGACAGCUUUAGCCGUUCCCAAUCCUUAGCAAUGCCUUAGCUGGGACGCAUAGCUAAUACUUUAGAGAGGAUGACGGAUACAUAAGAGAGUAAAGAUAAGAGAAAAUGUCUAAAGCAUCUGGAAAGGUAAAAAAAAAAAUCUAUUUUUGUACAAAUGUAAUUUUAUCCCUCAUGUAUACUUGGAUAUGGCGGGGGGAGGGCUGGGACUGUUUUGUUUCUGCUUCUAGAGAUUGAUGUGAACGCUUCCUCGGAGAGACGCCAGGGCAGGCGGUGGCAGAGGAGAGGGCCCUUGUGACAGCGGCGAGGCUUGGGAGGAAACCACCACCGGGGCCAUCUUCCUUGGGGACGGGAGGGUGGGCCUGAGGCUUUCAAGGGUUUUCUUCCCCUUUUGAGUAAUUUUUAAAGCCUUGCUCUGUUGUGUCCUGUGGCCAGCCUUCCUGUGACUGUGACUGAAACGGUUUCCCCAUAGAUCGUCUGAAACAUGGCGGCCGCAGGUGCUGGGGCCUGAUGGACAGUGGCAUAGAAUUGUGGAAAAGAAACACCCAAAGGGAGACACGUGAGAGAAGAAACAAAAUAUGAGUGUUUAAAAUACAUCGCCAUUCAGUUC